CGCAAGCUAGCUAGAUUUUUGAGCAGAACGAGGGCACCGGAAGCUACAGGCAACCUUUCGUACUAUUGUAUAUUUUGUUCACCUAAGUACUAUCUUUCUAUAUAUAUAAUGUACUAUAAGAUAAGCGGUGUAACACAAAAAUUAGUCGGAGCGGCACCGACAGCAUAUGCCCCUCAGGGGCUUAAGCUGACGGUGCCCACGGAAGCCCCACCACUCAUAUUUGCCACCCCAACCAAAGUGGUGUCAGAGGCAGCCUCCACAGUAGAGUACAUGGGAAUUAACAAAGUCCCCGACAUGCAGAAACUCUUCCAGAGGUCUGAUGGUAUCCCCGUCCACCUGAAAAGGGGCUUAAUGGACAAGAUGCUGUAUAGGACCACCAUGGGCCUGACCAUUGGGGGUACUUUGUACUGCCUGAUGGCCCUCUACAUCGCUGCCCAGCCAGCCAACAAGUGAACUUGGGCCCGCCAACUUGGGCUGCCCCUUUCCUCAUCAUAAGAUCAACAGGAUUCAGCAUAACUGAUAUUAGGAGCUAUGACAUGGACAAUGAUGAUUACGCUCACAAAUUUGACAAAAGGAAUCGUCUUGUAAGGAUCUUCAAACCUGUGUUUCUUAUUUAUCACAGAGGUGAAUGUAUUCCCUUGGGUACGUAAAUGUAUGAUUUGAAGUCAUCUUUUGUUUCAUUUUUUUAACUGGCCCUCAUCUUACUAGAUUCCUGUGAGGUUGUUGGUUGUGUUUGCACAUGCCUAUCAAAAAUAAUGUCAUAUUUCAUCACAAACGUCAUCAUCUUGCAGUCUAUGUAAACCUCAGCCCUUCAAUAACUGUCUGAAAACAGUGGACUGAUCUUUGGACAAAAUAAACAAGGCAGAACUAGCCACUUCCAAGACUAAUGAUGGAAAGAACACUAAAGUUUGUGACGAAUGGGCUAUCAUAGUUCUCUGUAACAUUGCCCUAUGUUAAAUGAACAGCUUAACAUCCCCAGUUGUUGGCCUGAGGAGUCGUGUAUAUGUAUUCUACUAGUUGGUGAUAAACUACACUAACAGCCAGUGUUCUGUAAAAAGAGAUUCUAUAGUACGUAUAUGACAAGUUUAAAGUUUUUCCUUGAAGAAUAAAGGGAAUAUUGUAACAA